UUAUCUUUGUUAAAGAUAAACAAAAUGGCUGACGAGAUUGUGUCCACGUCAAGCAUGUUAAAAAAUGUUGUGAUAUCUAUACUUGCAGCGAUUGCUGCAUAUUAUUACUACAAGAACAACAUUUAUGUGCAGUUUAAACUUGAAAAUGUAAGGUCUGGUUUACUUGCUGAAGAAAGCUGGGUGAACUUAUCCACUCAACUUCCAAUUGCUGCAGGAUUUGGUUCUUGUCUUGAUUUAAAAGUUAAUGGAGUUCCACUGAUGAAUAAACUUGGGUUAAAACCACCAAAGGCACCAAAAUACCACCAGUCAAUGACAACGCUCCAAGAUGUUGCAGAGAUUUUUGCCUUUUACCUUGAACAAGGUGCUGCGGCAGAGAGGUUUAUACCCAUGGCCACCUUCAAGAAAAUGGUAGAAGCUGCUGACAAGCUGAAUGGUGCUCUAUGGACAGCUGGUGGCAACGCUCCUGUGAUGGGCGAAAGAUUUGUAAAAGAUGGAUUCACUGAUGUCACAGUUAGUGCGCAUGCGUCUAAAAAACUGGCGUCAUUUUUUUCUUCAAAUCUUAAAUUUCGAAAUGGCUUCGAAGGAACAGACGACGUUCAUCUCAUUAUGGAGUUCAAGGUGGGAGAGAAUUGGGGAAAAUAUAAAGUGACCCGAGCUAACCGCUUUAUAGUUCACAGUGACCAAAACAACCCCUACAUUAAAUCCUUGGACGGUUUUCAAGAUGUUGUUAGGGAAGAGCGUCCACGGUUAGCCAUUGUAAGUGCUCUCCAAAUGUUGGAUAAUUUUCCGUUCGAAGACGGUGUAAGAGAAGCACGAAUGUCUGCACUGGGUGAUGCACUGAAGCAGACACCUAAAUCAACUCUUCUUCAUUUCGAAAUGGCGUCGUUUAGCGAAGCAGCCAUGAUGAAGAGUGUUUUGACGCAUGUCUUGCCGUUCGUUGAUUCGAUGGGAAUGAACGAGCAGGAGUUACCCAAUGUAGUCAGUAUGUUCAUGCAUGGCAAGGUGAUACAGGUGUCGGAUUCGAAUCCCAGGACAGCCACCGUGUUGGACGAUAUGAGGGAGGUUUAUAGGUAUUAUCAAACACACAGCGAGCGUGGUUUGUCUCGUAUACACGUUCACACGCUGGCUUUUCAAGCCAUACUAGCUAAAAAGGAUUCCGAGUGGAAAAACAACAAGGGUGCAUCGGCAAGGGCGUCGCUGACCGCCAACCGACACGUGUGUAAUGACAGUGGCGUAGACGUGAAGAAAUCGCGACUUAUUAUGGAUGAUUCGUUUUCUCUCUCUGUUCAUGGGGGUGAGAGAAUAUAUUUCGAUGAGAUGAGUCCGGUGUCAUGUUGGGAUGAGGAAGAUUAUGAGAUUUGUGUGGCGCCUGUGUUGGUAUGCACGGAUGUCAAACAAACGGCGGGUGGCGGUGAUAAUAUAAGUGCUGCUGGACUUAUGGCGCAAAUAUGAUCCUUUCUUAUACUGUCAAAUACAAUCUAAUCAAGCCGAUUUAUCAAUACCAAUUAGAGGAGAAACAAAAAGUCCAAAAAGUAAUUUGGUAAUCAGGGGUUCAAUUGGUUUUGGUAACAUGGGAUAAAAAAAAUUUAAACUUAUUUAUUAAUUUUUAGUUCAUAUAUACACUUACAUAUUUCCAAAUUUUACACGCUUUUUUGCCUUUUAUUUUCUUUUUGUUUUGUUUACCUUGGAAAGAGAUAUUCCGCGCCGAAAAUAUCACCCGAAAAAUGAUUCGCAUUGUUAAAAAAAAACAUAAAAAAAUUUCAUCAUAAUCCACAAAUUUUGUGUGGUCUAUUUAUUUUCUUUCUCACCUCAAAGUUCAAAUUCAUGUUUGCAAUAGCUGUGACUUUCUCUCCAUGAUAUAACAAAGUUCUUUUGAUAAAUCAAGGGCUAAUAUAGAUUAGCAUCAUAUUUCUUGAACGAUAGGUUAAAUAUUGACGAGGACCAAUUUGUUUUAAUUUAUUUUAUUUCAUUUUAAUUUAUUUUUGUACGUUUGAUUUUUAACGAAAAUCAACGAAUUUUGCCGCUGUAAAACUUUUGCGAAUCGAAGGUGUAUUUUAUUGAGCCAAUUCGACUUAAUAAUCUAGCUGCCGAAAAAGCUACAUUGAAUGGAGUUAACUUUAAAAUACCAUCUCGUGAUUGAUGUGUGAAUUUUUGAAAAUGAAACUUUGACUGUGUGUUUUUAAAAAAUUUAAUGUCCCCCGUCUGUCUUCGAAAGGAUAGAGCUCUGUACUGAUUCCUUUACGGUGUAUCUUACCAGAAACUAAAAUUGUUAUUUCCAAAACCUGACUAUUUGGAGGCUUCCGUUUUUCAAUUGCAUAAAAAAUUAAAAGUCAUUUUAAAUUUUUCUGCAAACAGACUCCUUAGCAAAAGCAACGUAUCAACUUUGCUACGUGGCAAAUAGUGAGCCAUGUAUUCGCCUUGUGCUGGAGUCUGGAGUUGGGAUUUUUACAUAGAUAUAUGAUAUGAGUAUUAUUAAUAUUUUUUAAACUUGUAUAAAAGACAUAAAUAUAUUAUCUUCACACCAGAA